AUGAAAACAGGCUUAACCAUCUUGCAGCUGUCCUUUUGCCUCAGCCUAAUCGUGGUUGUAUCCCUAUCUAUGGGGAUGCGUCCAGAAACAUGUGACCACUACGAGUGUCCAACCUAUGAAAUGGCAGAAUCCAGAAAUGGCUACGAGAUUCGUGUGUAUAAAUCUGCGGUCUGGAUGUCCACUGGGCCUAUCACUGCCCCAUCCAUGACUGAAGCCUCCAAAACCGGUUUCCAACGACUAUUUCGUUACAUACAAGGAGAUAACAAGAGCAAGACAAAGAUGAACAUGACAGCUCCGGUUAUCACACAAAAACCACCCGGUAAAUCAGUCUACACUGUCUCUUUCUACCUCCCAAAGAAGAACCAACAAAACCCACCUUUGGCCGAUGACCUCCAC